AUGGCUGUCAAAAGUUCGAAGAAAAAUGGUGGUAAGAAACUUCUUCAAUCUCGUUUGCAAAUAGGUCCAACAACCAAUCUAACCAAAUGCACAAAAUGCGGUAUGACUUAUUCACCAUCGGUUAUAGAUGAUACAACCACUCAUAAGAAUUACCAUGAAAUGCAUCUAAAGGGUAAAAAAUGGCCAGCUACUUGGGGGUUAGGAAUAUCGUUACCGUCUUCUGAUGGAUCAACAGCACUUACACCUCCAUCAUCGUCAUCUAAAAGGGGUAUUUCAAACACUAAGGCUGAGCGUAUAGUUAUGGUACGAUCUGAUCAUCAGCCGGAAGUAAGGACUACUCUUCACAUCCUAGAUAUUGUCAAUGACGAAUUACAUGCUCCUCACAAUGAAAAUGAAUUUUGGUGCCGACCCAAUAGUAAUGGUAAGGCUUUUCUCUACGUUAAAGAAGAUAGAGCAGUUGGUGUCAUAACAGUUGAAUUAUUGAAACCUGAGAGGUGUAGAUGGAUGAUUUACGAGGAUAGGAGCAUCGUGGAUGGCGUUGAACCUCGUUUUAUUUUGGGGGUUUCAAGGAUAUGGGUCUGUAGAACACAGAGGAAUAAAGGUAUAGCUACUAAACUUUUAGAAGCCGCUAGAUCUAAUACUAUAUAUGGUAAGACAAUAGAAAAAUGGGCAAUGGCAUGGAGUCAACCUACUGACAGUGGAGGAAAACUGGCAUCUCAUUACAAUGGCGUGAGACACAAAUCUGGUAAACUUUUAAUACCAUGUUACAUCUAA